CUAAAUUUAGGAUCUUGAGACCAAAAACUGAAGCCAUGGGAGGUUGGGGCUUCAGACACUAUGUGGGCUCCAUGUUCUUAUGCGUUCUCCUGUUACCAGUGUCUCUAAUGGCGUCCGUUCUUCGCGUUGGGAACAUAACUCCUGGAUUUCAAGGUUCUCAGAUGACUUACAUCGACAAGGACGGGUUGUUUCUCCGAUCCAACAACUCGGGAUUCGGAUUCGGAUUCGUCACAACCCCAAAUGACGUCACCUUGUUCAUUCUCAGCAUCGUCCAUACGAGCAGCUCGAGGGAGAUCUGGUCUGCGAAUCGCGCUUCUCCUGUCUCGAAUUCGGACAAGUUCGCGUUCGAAGAGAAUGGCAAUGUCGUGUUGCAGAAAGGAGGAACUGUGGUUUGGAAGCUGGACAAUUCAGGCAAAGGAGCAUCUGCAAUGGAGCUUCGAGAUUCCGGGAAUCUCGUCGUGGUUGGGAACGACGGGAAUUCCAUCUGGGAAAGCUUCGAUCAUCCCACUGAUACUUUGAUCACAAGCCAAGAAUUCAAAGAAGGGAUGAAACUGACGAGCGAUCCAUCUUCGGACAACGUGAGUUAUGUUCUUGAGAUCAAAUCAGGAGAUGCUGUUCUUUCUGUAAGCAGCCCAACCCCUCAGGUGUAUUGGUCUAUGGGAAGUGACCAGAGAAAGAUCAUCAACAAAGACGGAAAGGUCGCCACCUCGUCUUCCCUCGUCUCCAAUUCAUGGAGAUUCUACGAUCAGAGCAAGGUUCUGUUAUGGCAGUUCAUAUUUUCAGACAGCAACAAGGAUGAGAACUCGACUUGGAUCGCUGUUUUAGGGAACAAUGGAGUCAUCUCGUUCUACUUUCUUGGCGAUGGAGUUUCCGCCUCUGAAUCUUCGACCAAAGUACCCCAAGAUCAGUGUGCCACACCAGAGCCCUGUGGCCCUUAUUUACAGUGUUCGGGAAGUAAGGUUUGCGAGUGUGUAUCAGGACUUUCCCGCCUUCGAUCGGACUGCAGAACCGGGAUAUCGUCUCCUUGUAAGAAAAGCAACAAUUCACAACCUGUGGAACUCAUCAAUUCCGGAGAUGGGCUUGAUUAUUUCGCCCUUAAGUUCGUUUCCCCGUCUUCAAAAACCGAUCUUGAUGGCUGCAAGGCCUCUUGCAGCGGGAAUUGUUCGUGUCUCGGCCUCUUCUUCGAGAAUUCUACUGGUAAUUGUUUCUUGUUUGAUUGGUUGGGAAGCUUCAGAAACUCGGACAAAGGAACUGGUUUCGUUUCUUAUAUCAAGGUUGCGUCUAAUGGCAUAACCACCGAUGAAGGGGAGGACGGCGGGAAACACUUCCCGUAUAUCGUGAUCAUCGUCGUGGUAACUGUAUGUAUCAUCGUGGGUUUGAUCUUUUUCGCGGUGAGAUUCCACAGGAGAAGGAAAAAGCUCGGGGAAGAAGCUCCUCAAGAGAGUUCGGAGGAGGAUAAUUUCCUCGAGAACUUAUCCGGAAUGCCCAUACGCUUUACCUACAAAGAUCUUCAGAGUGCUACUAAUAACUUCUUGGUGAAGUUAGGGCAAGGCGGGUUCGGAUCGGUGUACCAAGGGUUUCUACCCGACGGAACUCGUAUAGCGGUGAAGAAACUGGAAGGGAUUGGUCAAGGGAAGAAGGAAUUCAGAGCCGAGGUCAGCAUAAUCGGAAGCAUUCAUCAUCUUCACUUGGUACGACUAAAGGGAUUCUGCGCGGAAGGAACUCACAGGAUGCUAGCUUACGAGUUCAUGGCGAAAGGGUCAUUAGACAAAUGGAUAUUCCGGAAACAGAACGGCGAUUUCCUGCUUGAUUGGGACACGAGAUUCAACAUUGCCCUCGGGACAGCAAAGGGUCUCGCCUAUCUCCAUGAGGAUUGCGACGUGAGAAUCGUCCACUGCGACAUAAAACCUGAGAACAUCCUCCUCGACGAUAAUUUCCUCGCAAAAGUAUCGGAUUUCGGGUUGGCGAAGCUGAUGACACGAGAGCAAAGCCAUGUAUUCACCACUUUACGAGGGACCCGGGGAUACCUAGCCCCCGAGUGGAUCACAAACUAUGCUAUCUCGGAGAAGAGCGACGUGUACAGCUACGGGAUGGUACUACUCGAGAUUAUCGGAGGGAGAAAGAACUACGAUCCGUCAGAGACAUCGGAGAAAUGCCAUUUCCCGUCAUACGCGUUCAAGAUGAUGGAGGAAGGGAAGAUUCUCGAGAUUGUGGACUCGAAGAUGAAGAAUGUCGACGUGGAAGACGACGAGAGGGUUCAGAGGGCGUUGAAAGUGGCGUUGUGGUGCAUACAAGAAGAUAUGCAUCUUCGGCCGUCUAUGAGCAGAGUCGUUCAGAUGCUCGAAGGAGUUUCUCCGGUGGUUCAGCCUCCUCCUUCUUCGACUUUAGGGUCUCGCCUUUACUCGAGUUUCUUCAAGUCACUCAGCGAGGAGGGCGGUACUUCUUCCGGACCGUCCGAUUGUAACAGCGAUACUUAUCUCUCCGCUGUUAGAUUAUCUGGUCCAAGAUAGCGAGUUCCUUAUACUGGUUUUGUACAUGGGGUUGUUGUAAUAGUUCAAGUUUUGUGUUCUGUUAUAGUUUUGUUUACAUAGAUUCAAUGUGGAUUUUGUAUUAGCCUCUGUUUUUAAGCAUUCCCUUGAUA